UCCUCCUCCUCCUCCUCCUCCUCCUCUUCCGGUUUAGCUGUCCGAGGCACCGCCUAUGUGCUCUGCAGGCGGAAUGUCUGUAUCCGAGCCAUUCGGGUCCUUCCCCUAUCUUCAGAUGGCGAGUUAAAAGGAUGGCGGCGCCCGAAGCCGUGGCUCUUGCUGUUGCCCUGAGGUGAACUGAGGCCGGGAGUCCCGCGUCAUGUCGAAGCUGAACCGGGCCACUCGGGCUCUCAGGAAGCCCGAGGCUGGUGGCGUCAUCCGGACCAUCGUGCGGGCAGGCCAGGCCAUGUCUGGGCCCCCUCUAGGCCCCAUCCUGGGUCAGAGAGGCGUUUCCAUCAACCAGUUCUGCAAAGAGUUCAACGAGAAGACAAAGGACAUCAAAGAAGGCAUUCCUUUGCCCACCAAGAUUUAUGUGAAGCCUGACAGGACAUUUGAGAUCAAGAUCGGACAACCCACUGUUUCCUACUUCCUGAAAGCAGCUGCUGGGAUUGAGAAGGGGGCCCGGCAGACAGGGAAGGAGGUGGCAGGCCUGGUGACCUUGAAGCAUGUGUAUGAGAUUGCCCGAGUUAAAGCUCAGGACGACGCCUUCGCCCUGCAGGAUGUGCCCCUGUCCUCUGUUGUUCGCUCCAUCAUUGGCUCUGCCCGUUCCCUGGGCAUUCGUGUGGUGAAGGAGUGCGUGUCCCGGGAAGCCUCAGUUCAGAAGAGUUGGCAGCUUUCCAGAAGGAGCGAGCCGCAUUCCUGGCUGCCCAGAAAGAGGCAGAUUUGGCAGCCCAGGCGGAAGCUGCCAAGAAGUGACCCCUGUCUCCUACCCUCCAGGAUUUUGAAGGGAACAGCUGGAAUGGAGGCCAGUUGGAAAAGCUGUGCCAAAGGGGAGGCAGGGAGGUGACACCAAUCUGAUUGUUAUUUCCCUGACUUUAAAUUAUAUAUUUUUUAUGUAUGACAGUAUCAAGGGCUCAAGCCUAAAUAAACAUCCUGUGUCACCCA